AUGGGGCCACCGGCCAUGGCGUUCCAAGCCCUCACCCUCACACCACUCCCCUUCUCACUCCACAGCUCGAGACGCCGCGUCCGCGUUCGCGUGCUUGCCGUCGCGGCCGACCAGACCCCUCCGCCGCCGCCGGUCCCCCCUUCGGAGCCGGCUAACAGCCCUAACCGCCUCCUUCGGGAGCUCGCGCAGCGGAAGAAGGCCGUAUCCCCUAAGAAGAAGCACCCGCCGCGUCGCUUCAUCCUGAAGCCACCUCUCGACGACGAGCGCCUCACCCGGCGGUUCCUCAGCAGCCCGCAGCUGUCGCUCAAGGCGCUCCCACUGCUCUCUUCCUGCCUCCCCUCCGCGCCGCUCUCCACCGCCGACAGGACAUGGAUGGACGAGUACCUCCUCGAGGCCAAGCAGGCGCUCGGGUACCCGCUCGCGCCCUCGGAGACGCUCGGUGAAGGCGAUGACUGCCCCGCGCGUCAUUUCGAUGUGCUGCUCUACCUCGCGUUCCAGCAUCUGGACCCCUCCUCGGAGCGCACACGGACGCGGCACGUACGGAACGGCCACUCCAGGCUCUGGUUCCUGGGUCAGUACGUUCUGGAGCUCGCGUUCUGCGAGUUCUUCUUGCAGAGGUAUCCCAGGGAGUCUCCUGGGCCGAUGAGGGAGCGGGUGUUCGCUCUGAUUGGGAAGAAGGUGUUGCCCCGAUGGCUCAAGGCAGCCAGCCUGCACAAUUUGGUCUUCCCCUAUGACGAUUUGGAUAAGAUGAUACGAAAGGAUCGGGAGCCGCCAUCCAAGGCUGUAUUCUGGGCAAUAUUUGGAGCUAUAUAUUUGUGCUUUGGAAUGCCUGAAGUCUAUCGUGUUCUUUUUGAGGCGUUUGGGAUGGACCCAGACGAUGAGAGCUGUCAGCCAAAAUUGCGUCGUCAACUAGAGGAUGUUGAUUAUGUUUCAGUGGAGUUUGAAAAGAGGCUGCUUACAUGGCAGGAUGUUGCUGCCUACAGGCCACCACCAGAUGCUCUUUUUGCUCAUCCUAGGCUUUUCCGAGCUUGUGUGCCACCAGGCAUGCAUCGCUUCAGAGGAAAUAUUUGGGAUUUUGACAGUAGACCCAAGGUUAUGAAUACCCUAGGAUAUCCCUUGCCAAUGAAUGACAGAAUUCCAGAAAUCACAGAAGCAAGGAAUAUAGAGCUUGGACUUGGUCUUCAGCUGUGCUUUUUGCACCCGUCAAAACAUAAGUUUGAGCAUCCAAGAUUCUGUUAUGAGCGGCUUGAAUACGUCGGCCAGAAAAUUCAGUGUCUUGCCACUGUUCAAUUGGCCAAGAGCAAUGCUGAAGGUCUGAACUUCUAUGUGCCAGGAUCUAGUAAUGGCAGAGAGGCUACUCAUGAAGCACCUCGAUGCACCAGGCAGGUGGCUGGCGGAGAAGCAUCGGAGGAUGUUGAUGAACAAGUAUUGUGGACGGUACCUGCGGGACAAGCACCUGCAGCACUACAUUAUCUACGGGGAGACAGUGCAAGACAGAUUCGAACACAAUCGACGUCUAAGGAAUCCUUCAACGACCUCUGUCCAGCAAGCGCUACAUGGUCUUGCAUACUGUGUUUGACUUCGAACAGGUUCAGCCUAAAGCAGUAUGAGGAUCUUCUCCUUCGGUAUGAGUUGCUGACCAACAAGACCGCCAAUGGCAGCGGUAAAAGUACCGCAGCUUCUUGA